AUGAUCCGAGUGCUCCUCCAAGAUUGCCACGCGAGAUUUCGCAAGAACCGUCAAAGGAUUGACCAAGAAAAGGCCAGAUGCUGUGAGUUCAUGGGCGAGAUCGGCACAAAUCUGUUCCUGGAGAGGAUAGCUGAACAAGUCCGCGAACAGAGAAGGAUACGCGACGCAGCACUGGAGAACAAACUCCAAAAGCUGCUUAAUCCAACGACGCCCAGAAACGACAAACUGGUGCACAACCUGUCAUCAAAGGAGCUGACGAAGGAUCAGAUGCAGGUUUUAAGGCGCGAAGCUUCAUUCAAUACGACAGACGCCAAACCUGUUAACAGGAUUGCAGCAGUGGAAUCGAUCCUUAGUCAGACGGAGGCAACGGAGGAGACCAAGAGCCUCAUCCGACACCAAGUGUCGUCGCUCCUGAUAACCCACAGGCCGCGGGAAGUGCUUUCCGAGGUCGAACUUAAUGCGCUUAGAGAACUCCAGGCCGACAAAGACUUGGUCUUCGUGCCAGCGGACAAAAGACGCGCCACAGUUGGGCUGGACAGGACAGACUACCUUCAAAAAACCAAACGUUUACUGGAGGACCGACAGUUCUAUGUCCCAUGUGCAACGAACCCUGUAAAAACGCUGACACGCGAAAUUAAUGCUACGUUGUUGGCCUUGGAGAACUCAGGUGCGAUAACACCGACAGACAGACGCAUGGCGAAACCCCAAGAUACGGUUUUGGCCCGAUUCUAUGGCCUCCCUAAGGUGCACAAAGACGGCGCUCCUUUCCGACCCAUCGUGUCGCUCAAAGGGACUCCAACGUACGGACUGGCUAAGUGGCUGUUCCGGCGUCUCCAGUUCCUGCACGCUGAGUCAGACACCACGGUCUCUUCAUCAGCUGAAUUCCUGGAGAAACUCAAGGGGUAAGCCUCCAUCCAAAUGAGGUCAUGGUAUCUUUGAUGUUACAUGCAAGUGUAAAUCUAUUCCCCAGGACCCGGCGAUCGAGACAAUCGAGCUGUUUCUACAAAGCAAAUACGAUGAAAUGAAGAAUCGUCUUGGACACGCCCAAGUCCUUCAGUUCCGGACGUUCUGCCACAAGACGUACUUCACGUUCUACGGGACAAUAUACGAACAGGUGAAGGGCACAGCAAUGGGUUCGCCGAUUUCGGGAUUUAUCGCCGAGGCGGUCCUGCAACGGUUAGAGUCGCUGGUCUUCCAACACAACAAACCGAAGUUCUGGGCUCGGUAUGUGGAUGAUACCUUCGUCGUUAUUGAUUGGGAUCAACUGCUGACAUUCAAGGAACGUUUGAAUGCGGUCUUCCCGGACAUACAAUUUACGAUGGAGGAGGAAGAGAACAACCAGCUGGCCUUCCUGGAUGUCCUCGUAUGCCACAAGGAUUGUGGUGGACUAAAGCUAAAGUGUUCAGGAAAGAGACAAAUACGAUGCAAGUACUGA